GUUGGACAAAUCGGCCACGCCGUUCACACGAGUCGAACCCACACUGUCCCCGCCUGGACGGCUUAUUGCAGCAGCGCACGAGCUAAGACGACCCGACAUCAAAUAAUAUUCCGACUCCUGCAGCACCGGCCACGCUCGACUUUGCUUGGGCUGCUCCUGCUCCAUCCACCACCCACAGCCCAGCCUUGCCGACCGCUGCAGACCAGCCCGACUGUGACUCCAACUUGACCGACUAGCAAACCGCAGAAGAGGCCAGCCUCGAUCUUUUCCAACACCGAUCAACAGACAGCCUAGAACGGAGCAGAAUACAUCUAGCCUAGCUACGAAGGCAUCGCUGCCGGCCUCGAAACCGAAACCGCAAAAGCACACCCAUCCACAUUCUCCCCCACGCCGCGCCGCUGCCGAGCUCUCGACACGCUGUGAUUGGUCGCAGAACCCGUCAGCCCCCUGGCCACAGCAAGCCUGCGCGAAGGAAGCUCGCUUGGCCUCCCGCUCCCCUCCCCUCCCUCCCUCGCUGCGUUGCGCUGCGCUGUGCUGCUGCGCUACUAGGCACCGCCAAAAUCCAAGCGACAUAAGUCGGGCCAGAGUCGCCAUCCUCCUCCAUGACCAGCCACUCCAAUGCCCGCCGCCGCCUCACUCUGCAAAAAACCCACCAAAAUGCAUUGCCCAAGGCUCCCCCCGCUCCGCGCGUAAUAAACGCCGCGCCGCUCCUCGAGAAGGCCGAGAAAUACGGAAUCGACGACGACCGCCCCAUGUAUUCGCGCGCCAUGGCCCUCGCGGGCCGCAUCUUUAUCGAGACUAUCCCGCAAUGGAUCGCCGUCGGGGCUAUGCUGAGCCUCAUCUUUGGCGGCUGCUGCUCAAACGUCUUCGCGCUCGAGGCCAUCAUCAAGGUCGAGCCGGCCAGUGGAACCCUCUUGACCUUUGUUCAGUUCCUCUUCGUCGCCGUCACCGGAUACUUCUCGCAGUUCGAUGCCAGCAGGCCGCCCUUCUUUGUCAAGCCCAACAAGGUGCCCCUCCGGCGCUGGAUGAUCAACAUCGUGCUGUUCUUCAGCAUCAACGUGCUCAAUAACCACGCCUUCAGCUACGACAUCUCGGUCCCUGUGCACAUCAUCCUGCGCUCCGGCGGCAGCAUCACCACCAUGCUGGCCGGCUUCCUCUACGGCAAGCGGUACCCGCGCAUACAAGUCAUCGCAGUAAUCCUCCUGACCGUCGGCGUCGUGACGGCCGCCUGGGCCGACUCGCAGGCCAAGAGCGCCGCCCACACGGAGGAGGCGCACGCCGAGCGCAGCCGCAGCUUCAAUGUCGGCCUGGCCAUUCUCUUCACUGCCCAGAUCUUGUCGGCCAUCAUGGGUCUCUACACGGAGGAGACGUACCGCCAGUACGGCCCGCAGUGGAAGGAGAACCUGUUCUACUCGCACAUUCUGUCGCUGCCGCUCUUCGUUCCCUUUAUGCCAUCGCUGGCGCGGCAGUUCAUGAGGUUAGCGGCCAGCGAACCGCUGUCGCUCCCGUUGGGGCGUCUCCUGGACUCGGAUGCGGCGGCCAGCAUGCCGGCGUAUGUGCAGAAGAGUCUCGAGCGGAUCCACAUACCGAGCCAGCUGGCGUUCCUCGUGCUCAACGUCCUGACGCAAUACGCGUGCAUCCGUGGCGUGAACCUGCUGGCCGCCGCGUCGUCGGCCCUGACGGUGACUAUUGUGCUCAACAUCCGGAAGCUGGUCAGUCUGCUGCUGAGCAUCUGGUUGUUCGGCAACCGGUUGGCGCCGGGUACGCUGGUCGGCGCCGUCGUCGUCUUCGCCUCGGGCGGGCUGUACUCGAUGGGUGGCAAAACAUACAGCAGCCCACCCGCGCGGCAGAGGGCGGCAAGUCAGAUAAAGGCCGGCUAGUGGGAGCCUUACCGCAAUUAUUAGAUUAUCAUUGGUCCGACAGCAACAUUAUCAACAUGGGCGGCAGCUUCGAGGGCGAAUGCUAGCUAGCCAAUCUGCCCCAUAUCGAAUGGCGUGAGCUGGCUGCGUGGUGGUAUGUGUAUGUAUAUACGGGCAUGAAUCAUCCACCUCAUCGCGAGGU